AUGCCGUUCAAUAUUGCUAUUGAUGGUCUGACCGCUUCUGGAAAAACUUCUAUCGGUUAUUCUUUGGCAAAACGAUUAAAUUUUAAAUUUAUCGAUUCUGGUUUAUUUUAUCGUUAUUUAGCUUACUACAAUAUAAAUUCUACAAAUUUUAAUCAACACACAUACGAUAAUUUAAUUGACUGUUCCAAUUCAAGCGCAUUUUCUUCCCUCGAUAUUUCUCAAAAGGCGUCUGAACUAUCAAAAGAUGAAGAAAUACGAACGUUAAUCAAUCAAGAAAUUAAGAAAUUAACGAAAAAAAAAGGAUUUGUUGUAGUUGGACGAGACGUAUCAACUAAUAUUCUUCCCGAUGCGGAAUUUAAAAUUUUGUUAUCGGCUGAUUUUGAGACGCGUCUUGGUAGACGCGUGAACCAAUUAAAUGAAGAAAAUCCUCAAAAUAUUUUAUAUGACAUCAUUACACGUGAUAUUGUCUCUAAACCUUUAAUUAAUUGUUCAAAAAAGGUUUCAAAAGAAAUUAACACGUCGGAUCUUGACUCUUUUGAAGUCAUAGAGAAAAUUUUACAAAUAAUUAAAAAGAAAAAUUCCUUUAAAAAUUUCAAACGAACAUUAGAUCAAAUUGAAAAUCUCUCCACAACUGUGAUAACGAUUACAAAAGAUUACAAUUAUUAUCUUGAAUUGACAAACUGGCAACUCAAUUCUGAGGUUGAUGAAGAUGCGUAUGUUGAGGCGUUUCCUCUUCUUGUGGAUCGUGUUAAAUUUAUAGAAGAUUUGAAGAAUUAUUAUGAAGCGAGAAAAAAUGCUUUUUUUAAAAUUGAAAGAAUUCUUCCUAAAGAUAAAGAUCAUGAAUCGUUCGAUGAAAUCCAAGAAUGGCGAACUACCGUGUUACAAGGUUCUAAAACUGGUGCAAAAAUCGCUCUCGAUAAAUCAUCUUCUGCGCCUAUUCUAUAUUACUGUCCACAUUGUAAUCAUUUUCGAAAGAUAAAGUUUUGCAAAUGUUGUAAAAAAUCUAUCAAUGAUGAUUUUGAUUCCGAAUCUAACGAAUCUGUCGAAUCUUUCGAAUCUGUGACAUUAUCUUCGAUAACUGAAGAAUCUCAAAAAUUUCGUAAAAACAAAGGAAUUUUUGAUGAUGUGAUUGAAAAAUAUUCUUCAAAAUACAUCUCAUCCCAAUCUGGAAAAGUAAAAAAUGAAUAUAUCUUUUGGUCUGAUAACGAAUUGCGAAUGGAUGAUAGUGAUAACGAAAUUAUUAUUUAA